AUGGCUACGUCUAAUUAUACGCAACCCAUUAACGACAGUCAUGGACAAAGUCACUCGCCUAACAGUAACAAAAAUCUUCAUCAAACAAAUGCUAAAUCCGAUACCACCAGAAAAUAUGAUGAUGUUAACUUAUCCGAUUUAGAACAGAAAAUUAACGAAAAUAUUGGAAGUAUUCUUGGCAACAGCUAUCGGUCGUCGAUUAUUCAGACAUCCUUUGCUGAUUUCCAUUUGAACAGUCCCAUAAUAUUUGGAAAGGAAGAAAGUCGAUCAGACCAAAUUUUAGGCAAUUCUAAAAGAUCACUCCAUCAAAUGAAGAAAAGACAGAAAAAUUUAGACGAUGAUACCGAAUUAUCCGCUCUAAGACCUUCCAUUUUGCCGUCAAGUUUGGAUUUCUCCUUAAAAAGUACUACAGAUGAUUUAAGCAAUUUGGAUAUUAGACCUGAUUUUGAAACUUUAAGUAUGCAAGAAGGUAAAAGACAAGCGCAUGAAGAUAGCCAUGAGAGUACUAAUAACUUAAAGGAAUACUUUACUCAUCAGCAUUCGUAUGGCUUAACUGAUACUAAUAUUGGUAACGAUGCUGACGCUUCCAGUACAUCUCUUAAUAUUAGUACAAAUAUCCAAGGUAUUAAUCAAUCUAAUACAUCCCAAAAUACCAACGACAGAAAUUCUAAUACUAGUACCCCAACCUAUCAACACACGUCCGGUCGACGAACUCCUCUAUGGAUUACUACUAUGAUGAAAUCAGAUCCUAACAGACCACCUUCAAGGCAAGCGAUUGAUUCUACUACUGUAGACUCUCAUGAGAUCGAUAAUAAUUCUAAACAUAAAGAUAACGUAGUAGAACAAGCUACGAAACUGUUAGAAACUACGCGACAUUUUGUCAGUAAUAAUUUCAAUAUUGGACCAUUAACUACAAAUUCAAAAUCCCUCGAUCAUGACAAUCGUCGUAACAGUGGUUCGAAUAAAUUAUUUGAUGAUAAUAUUAAAAGGUCUACGCUACCAACACCAGAGGUACAUUACAAUAAUCUUAGCGAUGAAUUACAAAAGAAGGGACGUAAAAGAGAUUAUGCUAAAUCUAUAGGAUCUGCUAGUAUCGCUGUAGAUGGAGAAGCGUUCAUUAAUCAAAUAAAAACUAAUAUACACUUAGAGGAUGGCGCAGAAACCGGUCAAACCCCCGAUAACAAUCAAUUCAAGACCUCAGGUGGUAUCUCAUCCAGUGCAUUUAACGGCCCUAGAACAAUAUUAAAAAAUAACGCUAAAUUGACUCAAAAUAGUAUGAGCAACGAAGACGAAAAUUUAGGAACACCAAAGCUACUACUAAAAUAUACCACUCCAUCCGUUGGUAAACCCCCGGUAAAUUUUAAUGAUAAGCAAAUGUCAUGGGAAGCGGUCAGCGAAUUUGAUCCACUUGUUAAUGAACCAGACUCUAUUCAUAGUCAGCUAGCUUCAGUUGGCGGCAACUUAUCCUUAGACACUAUCCUAUGGCCUGAUACAACACCUAAAAUUGAUAAAACAUCCAAAGUGAUAUUAUCCCAAGAAAAUAAAACCGAAAAAGUUGGUAUUCCGUCAGAAAGUAAAGAAUUAAACAGUGUAGCUGAAUCUAUUGCAUUUAAUCAACAGCUAGAGAACGUUACCUCCGUAUUAAAUACUAUCGAAAUUCCCAACAAGAACAUAAAAAUAGAAAAUACAAGUCUUGAUAAUUCAAUGCAUCGUAGCACUAAAACUAACGAGUUGCUUCCAGAUUUUUCAGUUGAUACCAACAAUAAAGACGUUGUUAGUACUGUUCCUAAGAUCACUCAAGAUUCGAAAAUUGAAGUUUCGUUGGUAGAUCAACGUACUCUUCGUGAUACUAACGAUCCGACAUCAACUAAGCAAACAAAUGAUAACUCGGAUCAAACAACAGGCUAUCUUUCAUUAGAGGAGCAGAUUAAGGCUAAAAUUGAUAUGCUCAAUAAUUUAGAAAUAAGUUGGAGAUCAAGCCUUCCAAAUCAAGAUGAUAUUUUUAAGGAAUCACAAUUUGCAAAUGAUAUUACUAAUCCUUUCGAUACGGAUACGGGAUCAGCAGUAUUUCAUACUCCUAUUGGAGUAAAUAUCACUCUUAGCAAUGAAGAAUUUGGACUACAAACUGAAAAUUUGGAAGAAAUAUUAAACAAGGAGGAAGCCAAGCUUGCUGCAGAACACGCAAGUAACGACACAGUACACGGAAGCGAAACCGAGCUUAUAAAUGAAAACAAUUUAUCUCUCAUUAACGCUAACAUAUCUAACUAUCAAGGUGAAGAUAAUAAAUUUUCUCCGAAUACAUACUUCAACCUAAAAACAGAACCUUUGGGCAACCUAACCGGAAAAGUAGAUAGGCAAUCCGAACGUCCGUUGUUUGGAAUUGAUCAUGAUAUCGUAACUCCUCCUGCUGCACCCCCUGCAACUUUGCUGUCAGGCAGUGGUAAGCGUUCACUUUCAUCAAAGGAAAAUUUAGACGGUACAAUUCAUUUGGCCUCAAAAACCAUUCCUGCUAAUAGCGAAAACGACGUAAAAGCCGCUACAGUUAAUAAAAUGACAUUGGAACCCUUUGAUGGUGAUUUAGAUUCGAAUAUAUCAGAAAUAGAUUUUCAACAAAGAAUUGAUGAGAAGAAAUUAAUAGAUAAAAUCGAUAAAUUUCUCACUGGCGAUUCGAUCAUGCUAGACACGGAAAUAAUAAAUGCUAAACAGCACGCCAACUACAAAGAUGUAGCGGAUGAGCUGCACGCAAUAGAACAUUUUGAUGAUGGAAUGCUUGAUUAUAAAGAAUUCGUAAAUGCAACGUCCGGAAAACCUAUUACGUAUGAUCCUUCGAAAUCAGAACUACUAGUUGAUAGAACAUACGAGCAUUAUGGAAAUAAGCAGAUUGAUUCAUCACAACUAUUGAUGACCUCUGGUCAUAGCUCAAGGAUCGAUGAAAUAUUAAGAUCAGGUGGUAGAAUAUCGCCUGCGUAUGAUAAGCGAAUUAGCAGCGUUGAUAAAACCAAGGAUCAGCAUUCAUACGGCGAUCACCCACCGACGUCUCUAGAAAACUCAAAUUUUGCAAUAUGGAAGAACAAAGUAAGAAGUAUACUAAAUGAUCAUGAUGCAGAACUACAUAAUGCACAUGAUACAAUUGUGCGAGUAAUUCCUUCUCCGAAAACAAAGCCAGAAAGUAGUACAUCGCACGAUGUUACGCAAAAUAGUAAUUUAUAUCCGGAGGUGGUGGCACCGUCUACGUUAUAUUUUCCUAAACCUUGUUGCAUUGGAUUUCGUGCUGUCACUAAUCUUACCGUACAUAAUGUCAACAAACUGUGGGUACAAUGCAUCUUAUCGUUAUCAUACCAAACUUUAAAUGGCCAAGACUAUUCUCAAUCAGUGUUCGAAGUUAAAGAUAGAAUUAUACUCAGGCCUAAUGGAGAUGAACAGAUGGAGGUUAAUUUUAGACCUACAAACGAAGGAGUUCACGUUGGGCAAUUUAGGUUAUAUUAUGCAUUAGCAACAGAACCUAAAACUGAUUUUAGAAGCUGGCCGUUUGUUGAUGUACAAACACACGGCAAAGCUGAGUAUCCGCGACUGGAGAUUACUUCCAAAGAUCUUUCAAACAACUCCUUGGAUUUUAAAGUUGUAGCAGUAGAUAGCCGUAAAUCUAUACCAAUAAACAUUGUCAAUAAAGGAACUACGGAGAUACCACUCCGUUUAACAAUUGUUGCUUCUCCGUCCAAUUCUGGAUACUUUACCUUGGGAUUGAACCAUUUGCCUGAAAGGAUAAUCAAUGUUGAAGAAUUGAGUCAGCCUGGUACCACCGUUCUUAGUGUCUUGAUUCCCAAACAAUACGGCACUCAGUCUAAUGCCAUGGAUUACCAAACGAUCUGGGUCCAUUUUACUGCUCCUAGAUGGCAUAGUGACCUGGAAUCAACUACAUGCUUUCCAUCUUUAGAAGUGAAAGCUCGUAUUGGAAUACCAAGACUGCAUGUACCUCGCAGUUUACAAAAUAUCAAUCUUAGUUGCCCAAUUGGUCAACAGGAUAGUAUUGAAGUACCACUAAUGAACGCCGGUAGCAUCAAUAGCAACGUAGCAAUAGCAGUUGAUGGAUACCGAGAUUCAUUUACGGCUAUACCGAAAUCAUUGCAUUUAGACACAGGAGAGACAAAGUGCAUUAGGAUUACAUUUUCUCCUACAUCAUACGUUCGUAGAAUCGAAGGUCGUCUCAUUUUGCAUUGCCAACCUUUUGGUCCUGACUAUGAGCUUAACCUCUCCGGCUACACUCUGAAGAAACGAACAGAUUCUGAGCAAAUUAAUAUUCAACCUAGCAAUACAAAGUCGCUACGAAAUUCUAUCACAUAUGAGAAUCAUGGCUCAAAGGACCCCUAUUUCAGCAUUAAACCGAAGGAGAACUAUCAUGUACGCAUAGCAUUUAUUCCAAAUGCUAUUAAAUUUUUCCGAUCAGAAUUGUUAAUUACCUGCAUGGAAUCAAAUACUGAUUAUCAGAUUCCUCUUCAAGGCUAUGGUGGAACGUCUCAAAUCGGUUUACUUGGUGUGCGCGAAUUAGCUGAUGGCUACUUUGCGAAAUUGGACGAGCUUAGCGCUAAUAGGUUAAGUGUUGUUAGAUUUACAAUUACCAAUACUGGUGAUCGAGCUGCUUUCGUAAAACUCAUCGGCUACGACGAUGAACAAAAAACUAGAAUUAGCGGCCUCGAUAGAUUAGUUAUCAUACCAGAUGAAUUUGUCAUAGCAGAUAAUGCUGAAAAGAAUAUUGUUGUAAGAUUUACUCCAAAUCCUGAAGACAUUGCAAGAUGUAAACGUGGUAUAACUUUGAUGACAACAAUUGUAGCUUACACUGGAGAUGAGAUUUGUAGACAGCGGUACAUCAGAUGCAUAAGUUUAUCUAAGAAUCUUGUCGAGAGUACGGAGAAUGCAAACGAUCAGAAUUUUAUUGCAACAUUCAACAAAAACUAUCAGGGGGAACGCCAGACUGACGAAAUAAGUGAAUAUGAUGUGGCCGUAAACGACUACAAUAUCUCCAAAUUAAACCUUCAAGAAAAAGCUAUUUCUCUGAUCGCAUCUUCAACAGUAGGCGAUGAUUACAUCUCAAAAUUUCACAGUAUAAGUAAUUUGUCAAGCAAACAAUCGAGUGAACCUGAAAUAUCACUACAAAACAUCAAUCCCGUAAAUCAACCUUCUGUAAUGGCAAAACAAAAUACCAAUCCUGAUGCUAUACUAGAAACAGUCAGUCUAGAAGAAAAGAUUCUGAGUGCAGAGAAAGACGACUUAUUGAUGCAACAGAAUGAAAAAUCAAGCUGGACGUUGGAUCCGGAACAAAUUAUUUUAACAGCUCCAACUGUCGAUAAUUUUAAAAAUAUUGCAAGACUGCAAAUGGCAAAUCUUUCCAAUCGUACUUUAAAAUAUGAAAUGAUAUGGCCUGCACAUUAUUUAACAGUUACUCCAGAAAGUGGAACUAUAUCUCCAAAAAGCCAUUUGAUGAUCUUAGUGAGCACACGACCAUCCUUAGCUACUACAACAUUUGAUUUACCUUGGUGUGGAAUUUUAUAUGUUGUAUGUGAUGGCGCUCAAAAGGCCAUUCGAAUCCAAAUCCGAGAAACCACUAAUAUUUCUCUUGACGAUGAGAAAAUGUCUACUAGGCCACCUAUUAGUGGCCGCCGAACAAAAUUUGGCAUCGUACAUAAUGAAAAAAAUACCACCACGGUAGCUGACAGAGUUUUAGAUUUUCCAAACACGAUCAUCGGCAAUGUAUCCGAGACCAAUUUUCACAUCAGUAAUUCUUCUACUAUUCCUUUAAAAUGGAACUUAACCUCACUGACUCCUGCAUAUAUUAAGGUGAAAGUCAGAUUUGCGCCUAACGAGAUUGGUUGCUAUUCCCAAUUUUGGGAUUUGGAGACUCAGCCUAGGGAAUUCACUGGUAUUUCUGAAAAACCCACGAAAACUAGAGUUCACUUGAAGGGAGAGUGUAUCAGAAGGAUCAAAGAAAGGAAAAUAUCAUUGCGAUAUCGAGAUUACCUAAAAAGUGAUGAUGCGAAGGUUUCUUCAGAAUCUAUUAAGCUCAAUCAAGAGCAAAUUCUGACUACUAUCCAGCAAAAGCAAGACGAGCCUACAAGGGAUAUGAAAGAAACAUUGAAUGAUGAGAAAAGCAGUGAAUCUCACAAGCGAAAAAAUAUAUAUUUUAAGGAAGAAAAGGUAGUAUUCCCGAAAACUCUUAUUGGUAAAUCAUCAACCAUCAAAGUAAAAUUAUGUAACAGUGCAAAAGUACCACAUAUUGUAACGGUUCUCACUCCGCCGAUUCCCUUUUCUGUCAGACACCACUCCUUCACUAUUAAACCUAGACACUAUAUAAGACUACCCAUUACUUAUGCCCCUACAAGAGCUAAUUCUGAAUCAAAGUGCUUUUUGGUCAUCACAACAGCCUCAAAUGAAACUGUUAAUCUACAGUUAUUUGGGUCUGCCUGA